AGCAAGGGAGGAGGAGGAGGAGGAGGGAGAGGUAGAGCAGGGAAACAGCCUGAUGAAAGGAGGACAGGAGGAGACUAUCAGCAGCUACUUCCAGUCCAGCGAGGUGGGGGGGAGUGCGAGGGGGAGGUCUACCAUGAGAACAGCCAGGGUAUGAUGUGGGGCAACCAGCUGGAGCAGGGGGUGGGGGGAAGAGGAGGAGCAGGAAGAGGAGGGACCCAUCGUCACCACGGCCGGAGGGUUGACCGUCUAGACAUCAACAUCCAGAUAGAUGAGUCGUACUGCGUGGACAUGGGGGAGGGGCUGAAGAGAUGGAAGUGUCGUAUGUGUGAAAAGUCUUACACCUCCAAGUACAACCUGGUAACUCACAUCCUGGGUCACCAGGGCAUCAAGCCCCACGCCUGCCCCCACUGUGGGAAGCUGUUUAAACAGCCCAGCCACCUGCAGACCCACCUGCUCACCCACCAGGGAACUAGGCCUCAUAAAUGCACCGUGUGUAAGAAGGGCUUCACCCAGACCUCCCACCUGAAGAGACACAUGCUGCAGCACACCGACGUCAAACCUUACAGCUGCCGCUUCUGUCGCCGUGGCUUUGCCUACCCCAGCGAGCUCCGCGCCCACGAGACCAAACACGAGCGCGGGCGCUGCCACGUGUGCUCCCAGUGUGGCAUGGAGUUCCCCACCUACGCCCAUCUGAAGCGCCACCAGACCAGCCACCAGGGACCGACUAGUUACCAGUGUACAGAGUGCAACAAGUCCUUCACCUACCGCAGCCAGCUGCAGAAUCAUCUACUGAAACACCAGAGUCCUCGGCCGUACUCCUGUUCCCACUGCGGGCUGGAGUUUGUCCAGCUGCACCACCUCCGCCAGCACGCCGUCACACACAAGGGAAUGAAGGGUCAUAAGUGUGAGGUGUGUUCCCGUGAGUUCACCUUGUCAGCCAACCUGAAGAGACACAUGUUGAUCCACAACAGCAUCAGACCCUUCCAGUGUCACAUCUGCUUCAAGAGCUUCAUCCAGAAACAGACGCUCAAAACACACAUGAUCGUCCACCUGCCCGUCAAACCCUUCAAAUGCAAGGUGAGUUUAUAUCCAGGGUUGGAACAAGUUCAGGGAACACAACCGGAAAAUAAGAGGGAACCUGGAAGGAAAGUGAUUCAUACUGUUCCGGAACAGAACUGUUAUUUUAAAAGCAUGGGAACCGGUUAAUAACGUUAUUUUAUGUUCCAGGCAUUUGUUUCUAGUCCCACAACAAAACGCCUAUACAAAGCCCUCACGCUGUCACUCAAAAACGUAUUCUGUCUGCCUGCCCGCUGAAAAUCUUUACCUGUCUGUGUUUAGGCUACCUGCCCCUCCCCCCUCCGAAGCAUAGGCUAGCUACUGUACUGAGUACAAGCUUGAUUCAGAAGAUCGGGAGACAGGUUUUUAUUAGCUAGAGAAGAAUGGAUUCACUUUUUCAGACACUACAUUGAGGGAAAAAA